CAUUGCAGAAGUUAACCGUGCCAGAAUGGAUACAUCAAGUCUUCCGAUUCUUAACAAAGCCUUGGAUAUCUGAUACAGAGAUGCAUUGCUUCACACAGGCAACCAGUGCAACAUGACGGACAUAAUGCAAAGAAUUUCCCUUUCCAAGCCACAUGUAGACCAGGGGAUGUAUAGAACAUUGUACAUGGUCGACUACAAGCCCUAUGCGGAACAUCAUCAGUGGCGUCCCAUGAUGGACCCUUCACAGAGACUAAAACUGGAAGCCCAGCUGAAGGAGAAGGAGCUUGCAAGGCCUGUUCAGAAGAAACCGGUGAAAUAUGUUGAGGAGCCUGGCUGUCAAGAAGUUCAGCCACCUUAUCCUGUAGGAAUGGUUGGGAGGGCCUCAAAAGGCCUAGAAGCUCCACCGCCAAACCAACAAGCCCAAGAAGAACAAUGGAACCACUCCCUUCCUCUUGCUGAUCCAACUGCAAUUCAAGAAAAGGAAGCUGAGAGAUUAGCUCAGCUGGCAGAUGCUAUUGCUCUGACAGGUAACACAGAUGUGCCAUGCAUCAAGCAAGAACAGGGCCAGAACUGGAACAGUUAUCAGCAAUUCCUCUUGGAAAACCGGCGAGCUAAUCAAGUACAAGUUCAAGAAAUUAAGAGGCUGAAUCUGGAAACGUCUGUAUUUCCAAGAGAUUUCAUCAGGAGUACUGAUGCAAGUACUUACCAAAGGGAUUACAAAUGCUGGCCCAGAAUCCGGGGUGGAUUUUGCCGAGCGAAUCGGAAUUUCUCGAAUCUCCUCUUAGAAGAUGGCUACUACAAAAACAAUCCCUGGUCAUCAGAAUACAUGGACAACUAUAACAUUUUCUUGAGGAAGUUGCACUGGACCGCUCGCAAUCCUGUCUCAUCUUUUUGCUCAGCUGUACAGCCCAUCCCCCAUCUCUCCCAUGGAAUGCCCUCGCAGACGCCUAUAGCCGUGAACACAGCACCUUAAAAAUAUGCAGCCAUUUUUGAUUAUGUUCUGCAAGCAAAAUAGGAUUUCAGUCAUGGAAAUAUUGAUAUGAUGCCAUGGAAGCCUGAACACUGCACACGACAGACUAUUGUUUAUAUUAAGCUUAUUUAUACUUGUGUAUGUACCAUAGCUAGAUUUUGAGUACUGUAUAUCUAUUUUCUAGAGCUAAAGCAGAGCCCUGGUUUGAAAUGUAUGUGGAAA